CCAAAUAGAAAAAUACAAAAAAUGACCUGAGUUUUUAAAACAGUCCUUGAAAAACACCCUCAAAGAGUGGAAAUGCCCAUCGGUAAUCAAUCUCUGCUCGGAGGUGAUUGCAGGUAGAGCAAACAAUGGCCCAUCUUUGUUAGGCGUUUUGCAAAGUUCCAUUAUGUGGAAAUGUCGGACAGGCUGUGUAAUCUGUGUGUACCAGCACACCAAAGUGCCCCUUUCCAUCCAACCAGCCCCCACCUCUCCCGUUAGGAAACCUGGGACAAAGUCAGGCAUUUUAUCUCUUGGCCCGGUCCAGUCAGAUUUCCUAUAAAAGCCAGCGCAAAUCCCCAGAAACUGCGCUCUCUCUUUCAGGACAGCUCUCCUCCAGCAUGAAGCUUCUGCUCCCUGUGGCGCUGCUCGGAUGUCUGGUCGCCGCGCUCGCGGCCCCCGCUGACAAAGUCAAAUGGUGCGUAAAGUCCAAACAAGAACUUCGCAAAUGUUUGGAUCUGGCAGCCGCUGCUCCAACUUUUACCUGCGUGGAAAAAGAGAGCACCCUCGACUGCAUUAUUGCAAUUAAGGCUGGUGAGGCUGAUGCCAUCACGGUGGAUGGAGGAGACGUUUACACUGCUGGACUCAACAACUACGACCUGCAGCCCGUCAUCGCUGAGGACUACGGCCCUUCCUCAGACACCUGCUACUAUGCUGUUGCUGUGGUCAAGAAGGGAUCUCAGUUUGGCAUCAAGGAGCUUGAGGGUAAAAAGUCCUGUCACACUGGCUUGGGAAAAUCAGCAGGCUGGAACAUUCCCAUCGGAACUCUGGUGUCCAUGAAUGUAAUUCAGUGGGCCGGCAUUGAAGACAGACCUGUGGAGGAAGCGGUGAGCAACUUCUUCCAGGCCAGCUGUGCCCCGGGGGCAGCAAAGGGCUCCAAGCUUUGUGAACUUUGUAAGGGAGACUGCUCCAGGUCCCAAGCGGAGCCUUACUAUGAUUACAACGGAGCUUUCCAGUGUCUGGCUGAGGGCACCGGGGACGUGGCUUUUGUGAAGCAUCUCACUGUACCAGAUUCUGAGAAGUCCAAAUAUGAGCUGUUGUGCAAGGAUAACACCAGAGCACCCAUUGACAGCUAUAAAAGCUGUCACCUGGCCAGAGUCCCAGCCCACGCUGUUGUCACCCGCAAGGACCCACAGCUGGCUGACUUAAUCUGGAAAAGUCUCGGCGGAGUUCAGAACUUCAACCUCUUCUCCUCUGAGGCCUAUGCCCCCUCCAAGAACCUGAUGUUCAAAGAUUCCACCCAGAAACUGGUGCAGCUGCCCCCAAACACAGACUCCUUCCUGUACCUGGGUGCCGAGUACAUGAGCAUCGUUCGAUCCCUGAAAAAAGAGCAGACCCCCGGCACCGCGUCCCGUGCCAUUAAAUGGUGCGCUGUGGGCCACGCCGAGACGGCAAAGUGUGACACGUGGAGCAUCAACAGCGUGACCGGGGACAGCACCUCCAUCGAGUGCCAGAAUGCCCCUUCUGUCGAGGAGUGCCUGAAAAAGAUCAUGCGUAAAGAGGCCGAUGCGAUGGCCGUGGACGGAGGGGAGGUGUACACUGCUGGGAAGUGUGGUCUGGUCCCUGCCAUGGUGGAACAGUACGACACAGAACUGUGCAGCUCCUCUGGAGCCACUGCCUCCUCCUACUAUGCGAUUGCCGUGGUAAAGAAGAGUUCAGGGUUGACUUGGGAAAGCCUGAAGGGAAAGAGGUCUUGCCACACGGGCAUGGGCAGAACGGCUGGCUGGAACGUCCCCAUGGGUCUCAUCUAUGCACAAACUAAAGACUGCGACUUCACUAAGUUCUUCAGCAGUGGUUGUGCCCCCGGAGCGGACCCCAGCUCUCCGUUCUGCUCUCAGUGCAAAGGCAGUGGCAAAUCCGUGGGAGACGAGGCCAAGUGCAAAGCCAGCGCCGAUGAGCAAUACUACGGCUACGCUGGAGCCUUCAGAUGUCUGGUUGAAGAUGCCGGCGAUGUUGCCUUCAUUAAACACACAAUCGUUCCUGAAAACAGCGAUGGCAAUGGUCCCGAAUGGGCUCGUGGUGUGUCUUCUGCUGACUACCAGCUGAUCUGCCCCGGAAAAGCUCCAAUGGCGAUCACUGAGUACGCCUCUUGUCACUUGGCUCUUGUGCCUGCGCAUGCCGUGGUGACUCGCCCAGAGAGCCGCAGCGAUGUGGUCCGCAUCCUGCAGGAACAGCAGACCCAGUUUGGAGCCAGUGGCAGUGACCCUUCAUUCAGACUGUUCCAGUCAGAUCAGGGAAAGAACCUCCUCUUCAAGGACUCCACCAAGUGUCUCCAGGAGGUAUCAGCUGGAAAAACCUAUGAGCAGUUUCUGGGUCCAGAGUACAUGGCUGCCAUGUCUUCACUCAGACAGUGUGGUACAACUGCAUCAGAUUUGGAGAAAUCUUGCACUUUCCAUUCCUGUCAAAAGGCCUAAUGGUGGCGUGGACCAUUCAGUUCCUCAGUCGGAUUUGUGAUUCAACCACUCACACUUCAUACACUCAACACCCAAAACCGCAUGGUGUUUUACUCUAAUUCAUCUCAUUAGAAGGCAUAAAUCAUGUCACAAGUCACAGUCACAUUCACAAAUAAUUCUUACCAUCCUGCAGAUACCAAAUGUUACUUUUCCUUUGUUAUUUUUAACGAGUGUCUGAUUUUUCUCAAAUAAAACCUUUCUAAUGCUGGUCAAUGUCGCUGGUGUAGUUUUUGUUUUUGCAGUUAUAAAAUUAUAUCAUACAUCCACUAUAUUUCUUACCUUAUGUAUCUAACCUGAAAGAGAAAAUAAAGAGACAAAUCCUCAA